AUGGAGGCCAUAAUACGACUAACACUGGCAACUUUGUUGUUGACGGCUCGCUCUGCAUCAGCCGCUCCAUCUCCAGACACCACUCAGGCGUGCUCUGAGAUCAAACAGGCCCUGCCUGGAAAAGUACUGGAGCCACAGCUGCUAGCACUUGAAUAUGCCUUUGAGAAACAGCAGUACUGGUCCACCUCGCUGCGUACAGUUGAUCCGGCUUGUAUCGUGCAGCCCGUCGAUGCCAAUGACGUCUCGGUCGUUGUGAAGAUUCUGAACAAGUACCCAGAAGUCAAAUUUGCCACCAGAAGUGGUGGACAUGACCCAAAUGUGGGACAUGCUACAGUCCAGGAUGGUGUCUUGAUCACCAUGACCGACAUUGUCGGAGCUACGUAUGAUGCCCAAAAUCACGUCGCAUACGUGAAGCCAGGAGGAGAGUGGAACGAUGUCAUCAGCGAUCUCGAGCCGAGUGGCGUUACCAUUGCCGGUGGGCGGCUCGGACUUGUCGGAGUCGGCGGUUUACUACUCGGGGGAGGCCUAUCUUUCCUCAGUGCGCAAGAAGGCCUCGCCGCUGAUAAUAUCAUCGGCUGGGAGACCGUCAUGGCCAACGGUUCCAUUGUCAAUGUAGAUGCCAAGGCGCAUCCGGAUCUAGCCCAAGCUAUGCGAGGCGGUGGCAGUCAAUUUGGCAUCGUCACCAAGUUCACUGUAAAUGUACAUCCUAUCGGUGAUGUUUGGGGAGGCUCCUGCGCCUACGACCCGACCCAGGACGACAAGCUGUACGCUGCUCUGCACCAAUACGCAGGCAACGGCUCUGCAGCAGAUCCCAAGUCGGGCAUCAUCUUUACCGAUCUCGUGGCUGCUGCAGGCGUCACCACCAAGAUCAUCUACUAUUUCUAUGACGGUCCUACCCGUCCCACUUCUGGUCCUUUUGCGGAUUUCUUCAAGAUUCCCGGCUUGGCCUGCCUUCCCAGGAAGCAGAAGUACUCUGAACUGCUCAAAGCCAAUGGCGAACCCGUCCGUCUCCUCAAUGCCCGCUCCUUCUUCCGCACCCUAACAGUCCCCUUCAUCCCCUCCCGCCCCCAAAUGUAUUCUGAAAUUAGAAGCAAGCUCAAAUCCACCGUCUCGCCUUUCCUCAACCUCCCUCCUGUUGUCCGCGGCGUCCAAUUCUCCGUCGACUUCCAACCGCUCCCCUCCAUCAUUGGCACGCACUCUGCCGCCAAAGGCGGCAACGCCAUGGGCCUCACCGCCUCGGACCCUGAACGUAUCAUCAUCAUCUUCCAGGGCGCGUGGAAUCUCGCGUUCGACGACGAGCUCGUGAAUGGAUUUGCAAAGGAGAUGACGGAUUGGCUGGCCGAGCAGGUUCCGCGCUGGUUGGACGAGGCCGGCAUGCCGCGCGAUGUCUAUCUCCCAUUGUUUCUGAAUGAUGCCCAGAGUGAUCAGCAGGUUAUGCAGAGUUAUAGUGGGUAUGAGCGGUUUAGGGAGCUGCAGAAGAGUGUGGAUCCCAAUGGACUGUUUAGUUCGAGGGCGGGCGGAUUUAAAUUUUAG